AGAAAUAGGGCAGCCGCGGCAGCGGUGGCAUAGCGGCGGGCGGCGGAGGUUCAGAGAGCUGGAGCUUGGACUGUCUCUAGCACGCCGGGGGACCAGCCGACAGCCGGAGACGACCCAGCCGAGGACGCGGGGUCCCGGUCGCCGCCUCUGUCGCCGCCACGGGGCGCUCCCUCCCUUCCACCCGAGUCCGGCUACCUGGUCUUUCCCUCGGCUCCGGCCGCCUUAGACUGGACAAAAUGAAACCAGGAGGCUUCUGGCCACAUCUCGCCCUACUUGGGGUCUCCUUGCCUGCUGUGCUGGGAUGGAUGGACCAAGGAGCCAGCAGAAGCCCGAAUGUGGUUCUAGGACAGUCACAGACAGAGGAAACCAGAGGCUUUGAAGUCACAAGAAGAGAAGGUCUUCCCAGCCCUGGGCUGUCAUCCUCCUGUGGGAAGAAACUCUGCAGCCACGGGAGCAGGUGCUUGCACAAUAGGACAACAGGGCAGCCCCUGUGCCACUGUCUGGAGGUGUGCAGGCCCCGCUACAUGCCUGUGUGCGGCUCCGACGGGAAGCUCUACGGGAACCACUGCGAGCUUCGCCGUGCAGCCUGCCUGCUGGGCAAGCGAAUUGUCAGUGUACACAGCAAAGACUGCUUCCUCAAAGGUGACAUGUGCACCGUGGCUGGCUAUGCUCGCCUCAAAAAUGUCCUUCUGGCACUCCAGAGCCGCAGACAGCCGCUCCAACAAGAAACCCACAGGCAAAGUCUCGCCUCCCAGAAGCGCCUCUUGGUGGAGUCACUGUUUAAGGCCUUGGAUACCGAUGGCAAUGGCCGCCUCGGCAGCUUGGAGCUGGCUCAGUAUGUGCUAAAGGAGCAGGACAUGGACGGUUCACUGAACAGAUGCUCACCAGGCGACCUCCUGAGAUUUGACGACUAUAAUAGCGAUGGCUCCUUGACCCUUGGAGAGUUCUACACAGCCUUCCAGGUGAUUCAACUGAGCCUCGCCCCUGAGGACAAGGUCAGCGUGACCACAGUGACCGUGGGCCUGAGCACAGUGCUGACCUGUGCUAUUCGUGGAGACCUGAGGCCACCAAUCAUCUGGAAGCGCAAUGGGCUCACCCUGAGCUUCCUGGGUCUGGAAGACAUCAAUGACUUCGGCGAGGAUGAUUCCCUGUACAUCACCAAGGUGACCACAAUCCACAUGGGCAACUACACCUGCCACGCCUUGGGCCAUGAGCAGCUGUUCCAGACCCACGUCCUGCAGGUGAAUGUGCCACCAGUCAUCCGUGUCUAUCCAGAGACCCAGGCACAAGAACCUGGGGUGGCAGCCAGCCUUCGAUGCCACGCUGAGGGCAUCCCCCUGCCCAGAAUCGUUUGGCUGAAAAAUGGCAUGGAUGUCUCAACCCAGAUGUCCAAACAGCUCUCCCUCUUGGCCAAUGGAAGCGAACUCCACAUCCGCAGCGUUCGCUAUGAAGACACCGGGGCGUACACCUGCAUUGCCAAGAAUGAAGUGGGUGUGGAUGAAGAUAUCUCCUCCCUCUUCAUUGAGGACUCAGCUAGAAAGACACUGGCAAACAUCUUGUGGCGGGAAGAAGGUCUCAGCGUGGGAAACAUGUUCUACGUCUUCUCCGAUGAUGGUAUUGUUGUCAUCCACCCUGUGGACUGUGAGGUCCAGAGACGCUUCAAACCUACAGAGAAGAUCUUCAUGAGUUAUGAAGAAAUCUGUCCUCGUGUGGAAGGAGAUACUACCCAGCCAUGUCAAUGGGCGUCCGCAGUCAAUGUCAGGAACCGGUACAUCUACGUGGCCCAGCCAGCACUGAACAGAGUCCUUGUGGUCGACGUGCAAGCCCAGAAGGUCUUACAGUCCAUAGGUGUGGACCCUCUACCAGCUAAGCUGUCCUAUGACAAGUCACAUGACCAAGUGUGGGUCCUGAGCUGGGGGGACAUGCACAAGUCCCAGCCAAGCCUACAGGUCAUCACAGAAGCCAGCACCGGCCAAGGCCAGCACCUCAUCCGAACACCGUUUGCAGGAGUGGACAACUUCUUUAUACCUCCAACAAAUCUCAUCAUCAACCAUAUCAGGUUUGGCUUCAUCUUCAACAAGACUGACCCUGCCGUCCACAAAGUCGACUUGGAGACUCUGAUGUCACUCAAGACAAUCAGCCUACAGCACUACGGCUGUAUGCCUCAGGCCAUGGCACAUACACACCUUGGCGGCUACUUCUUUGUGCAGUGUCGACAGGACACCCCUACCUCCACUGGUCCACAGCUGCUCAUUGACAGUGUCACAGACUCAGUGCUAGGCCCCAACAGUGAUAUCACGGGUACCCCCCACGUGUCCCCUGACGGGCGCUUUAUCGUCAGCGUCUCCAACAAGGGCCCCUGGCUGCACGUGCAGGAGGUCACAGUCCGGGGGGAGAUCCAGACUCUAUACGAUCUAAAAAUAAACCCGGGCAUCUCCGACUUGGCAUUCCAGCAUUCCUUCACGGAAGGUAAUCAGUACAACGCCUACGCCACUCUGGACAAGGAGCCAGACCUGCUGUUUCUGGAGCUGUCCACUGGGAAGAUGGGUAGGCUGAAGAACUUAAAGGAGCCAUCCAGGGGACCAGCCCCACCCUGGGGUGGACCCCGAAGAGUCCUGAGAGACAGCGGGCUCUUUGGACAGUACCUCCUCACAGCAGCUCAAGACUCACUGUUCCUGGUCAAUGGGAGACAAAACGCCCUGAGGUGCGAGGUGUCAGGCAUAAAAGGUGCGGCCACAGUGGUGUGGGUCGGGGAGGUAUGAAAGGGUUCGGGUAAAGAACCACCCUCGUCCUGACACCACAGCCCCAACCAGACGCGCUGUACAUUUUCACAGACAAAAAAAAAAAAAAAAAAAACAAAAAACGAAACAAAAAAAAAAAAAACAAAAAAACACAAAAAGAAAAAAAAAAUCAAAAAACAAGCCAAACCCUGUACUUCGCUUUGUGGUUCAACACUGGUCUCCUUGCAAGUUCCCUAGUAUAAGGUAUGCGCUGCCACCAAGACUGGGGGGUUUUCAUCCAGAGGUGUGGUUCAAUACCUUGAGCUAUGAUGAGAACUCAUGCUGCUGUGUGCAGGAAAAUCGUCUCUGUGCCCGGCUGCACACCACGUUGCCUGGGGACACUACAGAACCGAGGGAUCCUGCCGCCCAGGCUGACACUGCUGUCAGUUGCCUUCACAAAGUCAUUAUCUUAACCUGCUAGCCCCAGCCAGUCUGUGCCCUGAGGGAGUGGCCUGAGCAGCAGGCUGUCCCUUUCAGUGGGCUAACCCUCUACCCUGCAGGAGAUUUCACUUGCGCCAUUGCAGAUGCUGUUUGCUUGUUCCCAGCUGAAUGCUAUACCCAUGAGGGAGAGCCUCCGAGACUUACUAUACCUUGGGGGAUGGGGAGAUCACUCUCUUUAUUUUGGAGGGUUUUUUUUUUUAUUAAAACUAUUUUUUCGUUAAUAAUCCUCAGAUGCUAGGAGGCAGAUAGAUGCUCUCCAAGGUCCUGAUGUAUUUUUCCCUGCCUUUUAAGCCAAGUCUCUGAGGGGAAAGGGUCCCAAUCUUACAUCCCAUGUGCAGAAAAAGGAAAAACAGAUAUGCAAGAAAGAGUGGCUCUCCACACCAUUGUGUUGGCCAAGUACAGCCCAUACUACCGUGGUAAAAUCUAUGCUGGGAUCCCAAGAGACCAAGCUGGGCCUGUGUGUCUGCUUUUCACCAUAGAAAGGUAUUAAGGAAGCCUAAUGUGCCAGCAGAAGUCCAAACCCAGGGCAGACCAGGCUUGUUUGGAAAGGGAUGGGAAGCCUCUGGGCUCAGUGCCAACAUCUAGAAGCCACGAGUACCAUCCACCCAGAGUCCCAAGGCUGGGACGAGCAGUCAGCACUGGUGCCUCAAGCCACUGUCACCGUACUGCAAGAAAGCCCAUUUCCCUAAGUGUUCCCAUUCCCACACUCUAAGCUACACACUCUCCAAACUGCAGAAGAACCUACAAAGGACCAUGUCAGUGUCCCUUCUCUUCCUGCCUACAGUAGGCUCUCAAGCCAUUAGGAAGAGGCACAACCCAGCCAGCUCUGUGGGGGCCACUUGUGUCCAGACUCUCAGCAAGAAGGAGACCCCCCUGCCCAGGUCUCUCCAAACACUCAUGUCCUCUCCCAUGUCAGUGGUCAAAAUGUACUUGAUUUCUAGCUUAAAUAAUCAUUCUGCAAACUCUGCAGCAUUAAGACAGUGGGUCCACCCCACCCAUCAGCUAACUCAGCCACUUUCACCUACCAACAAUGGCCAUGACUUUGAAAACACAGACUGUGCUUCGCUCCUGCUCCCUGUGUGAGUACUCAACCUCCCAGUUGCCUGUUCCAGUUUCCGGCCACUAAUCCAGCCUGUCCCACAUCUCCUGUCUCUCCGUCCACUAAAACAACUGUCCCUUACAGGCCCUGGUAGUUGUCGGUAUAUGUGCUAUCAUGUUUCAGAUUUGGGUAACGACAAGACACCUAGAGGUCGAAGAUGCGGUCCUCAGAGGCCUAAAAGUCAUCUUCACACCUGGGAUGGAUGGUGACAUAUCUUACCCCUUUCUAUCUCAGUAUCUUGGUAUAUGAUCCCCAGAGUCCCAUGUUUUCACUAAAGCCUUCCAAUAUUCACAGUUUUCUCCUUUUGAAAGAAUAGUGCCUGCCUCAGGCAGAAUCCCUGAGCCUCAAAGAGGCAGAGCAUUAUUCCCCACCCCCAUCCCAUCCCAUCAAAGCCUAGAGCGUCAUCCCUCCCUAUCCCACCCAAGGCCAGAGUACCUACCCUCUUUGGAUGCAGGAUUCCAGUAUCAUAGGCCAAUCUCGGGGUUGGGGAUUUAGCUCAGUGGUAGAGUGCUUGCCUAGAAAGCGCAAGGCCCUGGGUUCGGUCCCCAGCUCCGAAAAAUAGAAAAGAAAAAAAAAAAAGGCCAAUCUAGUCCACCAAACUGGAUGAAAGCAGGGAUGCUACUUGGCCUCUGUUCCCCCCACUCUGCAUCUCUCUCUGUGUGUCUCUGUGUGUCUCUGUGUGUCUCUCUCUCUGUGUCUCUCUCUCUGUGUCUCUCUCUCUGUGUCUCUCUCUCUGUGUCUCUCUCUCUGUGUCUCUCUCUCUGUGUGUGUCUCUGUGUGUGUGUCUCUCUGUGUGUGUCUCUCUGUGUGUGUCUCUCUCUCUGUGUGUCUCUCUCUCUGUGUGUCUCUCUCUCUGUGUGUCUCUCUCUCUGUGUGUCUCUCUCUCUGUGUGUCUCUCUCUCUGUGUGUCUCUCUCUCUGUGUGUCUCUCUCUCUGUGUGUCUCUCUCUCUGUGUGUCUCUCUCUCUGUGUCUCUCUCUCUGUGUCUCUCUCUCUGUGUCUCUCUCUCUGUGUCUCUCUCUCUGUGUCUCUCUCUCUGUGUCUCUCUCUCUGUGUCUCUCUCUCUGUGUCUCUCUCUCUCUGUGUCUCUCUCUCUCUGUGUCUGUCUCUCUCCCUCUCCCCCACACCCUCCCCCCAUAUAUACCUGGAAGGCAUUCCCGAGUUUUCUAUUCUUCAAGCGAGAACUCACAAGCCUGAAGCCUAGUCGAUGUCAGGAGCUAAGUGGAGUGGCUUCCUAGCAGUCACACCAGUAGAAGGAGGACUACAGAGAAACCUUACCUGGCUUUCCCCUCUCUGCACUUCGGGGUCAGAAGAGACUCAUGAGUAGAGUUGAAAAUCCAAUGGCAAAAGAUGGCACCACAAGCCCAGCCCAAGGUGCUGUUCUGAGGAACACAAAGAUCGACAGCUAACAUUUUACCCAGGGAGGAUUGGUUUACCUAACAAAGUCACCAGAAAAGCUGUUUCUAUAAACCCCAUCCAUAAUUCUUAACAGUCAACUGAUGAUGUAAAUACCCAACCAUUCUUUUCUUUCCAGAAAGCAAAAAUUCUCUGCACCUGUAGCUACUGGUUCUCUUGCCUGCCUGCCCCAAAGCCCUCUCUCUUAACAUCCUACCCAGCCACCCAGGAGUGCAUGGAAGACAGACUUCCUGCUUCUGAGUCUGUGACCCUCCUGUCUAAGCAGCCACCCCAAUAUGCUAAAGGGAUCUCUUCAGUCCUCAAACCACACACACAUCCUGCUACCUUCCUGGAUCCUGGGAAGAAGCUGGAAAAGGCCUGAAAUCAUGACUGGGAUCAAAUACUAAUGCUGAGCUGCAGGUUCUUUGAUGCAGAAAGAGAGCGCAUCACCAGAGAACUUCAGUCCCUCUGCUGCAUACCCCUGCCACACACUGAGCUAUCGCCCCCUCCACCUGCUCCUCUCUUCAGGAAAGGGCUCCCAAUUGAAGGGACACACCCCAGGAAGGCAGCUUCAACCCCAAAUAAAGCCAAGAGCAGCAGCUUCCUGCCACGUAGCAUGCGAACUUCUGCUUCCUGCCACGUGACAUGGGAACUUCCGCUUCCUGCCACGUGACAUGGGAACUUCCGAAUCUUUGCUCCGCUAAGCAGCCAGGGGUUGGCUUUGUGCAGCUGCAUCUUCUCGUUUUAUCUGUUGACCAAUAACCUGUGAACUAAGGGAGAUCUCAGAAGUGAUAUGUGAAACAGAUUCGCUCUGGAUAUAUUUUUGUACCAUGGGUUAAAGUGUAGUUGCUUCAUUUCUAUUUCAUAUGUUUCAUCUGAUGUUGAACCAUCUCCAACCCUCCCUUCCAGAAGCAAGCCUCCUGGAGAACUGUCGCCACGCCCCCCUCCCCCUGCACACCCACCAAUCUACCUCACAUCUUCCUCCCAGGCACCCAGCACCCCCAGAAUGCCACCCCAGGAGGCCAAAGGUGAUGGAAGACUACUGUAACAUGAAAUCAGAAGUCCUCCACCAGCCCCACCAUGAGUCCCACUCCAUGUGUGAUCAGAACCCAUAAGGAUAGUACCUUGUUGUCCAGAAUCACAGCCCAGGCCCUAGCUCUCAUUUCUACAGAGUUAGAAGCCAAAGACUAGGGAAACCACCUUCAGGGUGGUCAGAAAGACGGACCUUUGUCCAGCAGUGACAGAGUUGGUGACAUUUCAUCUCAACCCCGUCCCCAUGCUUGGCAGCCCACCCGCUCCAACCUCUGUCUUCUGUCUGUUCCCGCUUCACUCACUCUCUUGUUCCCUCCCUGAAUCCCAAAGCCCCCUGCUCAUGAGUCCCGCUAGGAUGACCCUCAACCGUCAAGGAGCAACAACCCUCUAAUACACCAGCUUCAUGCAUCCUUUGCCCACAAUGCUCCUUGCUUUGAGGGUUCAAAUGAGAAGUUUGAACAGACUAGAUGCUACCAUUUGCAACCAGGCCACCAUAGAGGCAAAUUGGUUUUCUUCAAGAACAUCACCUACUGCCUUCAUUGGGUUUUUCUCCACAACCACAGAGAUGCUCAGUGGGAUAACUUAAAAGAUCCAGCAGGAGCAAGGCACACAGGGUAUGACCACAAGAUGCCACAUGACUGGUGGAAGGCAAUAUACUUCCUGCUUACUGCUCCAACUUGAAGACCUGUGUGUCUUGGCUGAGCCUGUGGACUUGGCCAUCAGCUCCCCAUCAGGCGCCUAAAGAUUAUAAGCAAGCAUCAUCUUAGGCCUCCAUGUUCUUCUUCUGCUCUUUGGGCAUCUAGUUACACUUUAAGGAAGUAUAAUUUAACCAGACAAAAUGAGAGAAAUUAAGGGAUAUAUAAGGAGAGAAGAAAUGGACUUCCAGAAUUCAUAGUGAGGCAUUUUAACCAGCACCAGCGCAUUGAGGAUGUUUUUGCUUUUUAUACAAAGUCACACUUGUGCACCUUUCUUUCCAAGCUCAACUUAAUGACCAGUGACAGUCCAUUUCCCACAGCUCACCCCCACCAGAGCUCCCACCAUUCAAGGAGCAUCAGCUUCCUACUGUUCCGGCAUCAUGUGGCCUCUGCUCACGAUGCCUUACUGCUUUAGGGUUCCGACGAAAAGUCACUCGUGGCCUACGGAACAUGGCCCCUACCCUAAUCAACUCUAAAGAACCCAGCCACAAAGCCUUGUGUAUGGACUGACCCCCUACACCAAGCCUUGGUGACAUGUUGCUCUCCAAAGUUCACCUUCUAAAAAAGAGAACCCAGCCUUGGCUAGCUGAGAGACCCAGGGCUCUCUAAACUCUAAAUCCUCAUCCGCUGUCUAGCAUGCCAUCUCCAGGGAUGGGAGAGAAACAAGCCUAUAGGAGGCCAGACCCACUGUGCCCCACGAUGGUAGCACCCCAAACUCACACCCUCCCUGCCUGCCUCCUCUGCCUUCCCUCCCUGACCUGACUCCAUGGCUCCCCACAUGGUUCCCCAGUGAUGCUGCCCUGCUUCCUGAAGGCUGUGUUAAAAAAAAAAAAAAAAAAAAGACCCAAAGUGAAACUGGGCAUGAAGUUUUGCUGGAGUGGUCGCACACUGUUUCACACUGUUGUGCUGCCAAAUGACCCUCGAGUUGUGGAUCCCCACACACCAUCAAGAGAGGCAUCCUCUCCCCCACCUCAGAAAAAAAAAAAAACCUUUGGAUCUCCCUUACAUUGAGGCAGGUUACAUUCUUUUGAGCAGUUGUGUAGACUCCAAAAUAUAUUUUCUGUAAUCGGUACUUCUCAAAAGGCCACCUGUAAUUAUUAAUACACAUGUGAAUUUUUCCUUAUUUAUAAGAUAUAUAAAAUUAUUUUUAAUACAUCAACUUUAGUAGAGAUUUGUACCAACCCAGUAACCGUAUGUGGCAUUUGAAAUAAGUUUGUGUUUAUUUUGGUGUAUGACAUUGUACUGAACACACGAUGUAUUCGCUGUACCACUUGAGAAAAGAGUCACAGAUCAUCAUAAGGGACAGUCAUUGUCGAUGCUCUUUUUCUGAGGAUUUUACAAUAAAACUUG